AUGGCAGCAGAAACCAUCCAAGUCCACCCCUCCUGGCGAACCAAACACCCUACCCAACCACACCUAAACACCCUGGAGGACUACCACGCCCUCUACCAAGAAUCCAUCACCUCGCCUGAGACCUUCUGGAGCGAGCAAGCACACGAGCUCCUCACCUUCACCCGCGACCUCUACACCACUCAUCUGGGCUCCUUCGCGAGCGGCGACAGCGCCUGGUUCUUAGGCGGCCAGCUGAACGCCUCCUUCAACUGUGUAGACCGCCGCACAAUCCGCCACUCGGAACGGACAGCCCUGAUCUACGAGCCUGACGACCCAGCAGACGGCAGCCGCAUCAUUACCUACAGCGAGCUGCUGAAGCCAGUCUGCCGCCUGGCAUGGUGUCUGCGCGCACAGGGGGUCCGCAAGGGCGACAUCGUGACCAUCUACAUGCCCAUGAUCCCGGAAACUGUGUGCGCGGUGCUGGCGUGCGCGCGUCGCGGCGCCGUGCACGCGAACCAGUUGGCCGUUGGGGAGCCUACGUCUUUUGCGCAGCUGUGA